UAGGUCGUAAAAGUGUCGGGUAGUGUGGAGCAGUACAUACGUACCUGUCUGUAACCUGCACAGCCUCCUAGAUCAUUGGACUAUUCACUUGUACCCUGUUUAUAGUAUCAUUAUAACACGCGUUUUUUUGUGAGACGAAGGGAUGACGUAAGUGUGACGUACAUUACUCCAAGAUCAUCAGGUAGGACAUAAUGAUAUUUAUCUAUUCCUUCAUCGCUCUAUUAUAUAUUCCUGCAUUGACGUUGGUGAGAGGAAACCAAACUGAUGUUGCUGUAAAGACGUGGAGAAAGCAAAGCAAAGUAUCAAAAGUAAACCAAGAGUUUGACGUAGAUGGAAAAAUAAAACCGUAUGAACCAACAGCUCGUGAUUUGAUUAAGGACCAAGAAGCACUCCUCGCAGCGCUGAUAGACCGCCAACACCUGUCGUGGUACUCGUUUCUCGUCAAACAGAAUGUCACGCUCGAUCCGGAGACAGUGAAAUCCAUCAUCACUGACAAGAUGAUGCUGAUGACUCUGAAGGUUUUACCGGAUCUCUCAAAACUCGCAAAGAUGACGAACAACAAAGAAAACAGCGCUAAGAAGAUUUGCAUCCAUUUCGACAGCGAACAUCUACGUCCACAUGCUCAAGCAUUAGAUGGAAAACAGUUCCCGACAGUUUAUAGACAGCAUGGUAAGAGGAAUUCACCAACUAAUGUGUGGUUUUGUACAAAUAAUUCUAAUAAACUAUUCUUAGCCCACUGAUAA